CUGUCCUCAAUAGUAUCUCUGUACAAGAGUUUGAAUUUUAUUAUCGAUUUACACGUUUUGAAGGCGGUCCGUCGUUUUAUCUCAAAUUAAGAACAGUUGGGAUCGUAGAGUAGUGUCAUGGCGUCGUAACCAUGACAGAAAGUUUGUUCCUCACCGACGAAUUCGUCAGUAAACCUAAUAUGUGGGGUGGCUACCGACAUAACAAAGUCUUCCUAGUACUGUUGCUAAUGCCUAUAAUCCUAAUACAAACUUACAUAUAUUACAGGGAGCAAUGCAAAUGGCUAGAACUGAGGGGCCUGAUGGACUCGUUACAAGCCGAUCAACGAGACGCGAACCGACUGUCAUACACUAUAAUGAAGCUGAUAGAAAAGAAUAGUGUGUUAAGUGAUAGCGGCAAACGAGAAUAUGCCGAUAAACCCACGAUAUAUGUCAUUACUCCGACGUUUGCCAGGCCUGUACAAAAAGCAGAGUUGACACGGUUGUCACAGACGUUUCUGCACGUACCUAACCUCCAUUGGAUCGUCGUGGAAGACGCGGCGAUAAAAACGAUGCUGGUCACGCGUUUCUUGUUAGACAGCGAUUUAAGGCAUACCCACCUAAAUGCUGUGACCCCGCCUAAUUACAAAUUGGGAAGAAACGACCCGAAUUGGAAGAAGCCGCGCGGCGUCGAGCAACGAAACGAGGCGUUACGCUGGCUUCGCGACAAUGUGAAAUUAACCGACAAAGGGGUCGUGUAUUUCGCCGACGACGACAACACGUAUUCGGUGAAGCUGUUUCACGAGAUGGCGAAGAUUCAGAAGGUCGGCGUGUGGCCGGUCGGUCUGGUCGGCGGUUUAAUGGUGGAGAAACCAAUAUGUGAUAACGUAACUAAUAAGGUAAUCGAUUUCAACGCGGUCUGGAAACCGGACCGUCCGUUUCCGUUGGACAUGGCCGGGUUCGCCAUCAACGUGACGCUUUUAUUAGAGAACAAGGAGGCGGAGUUCUCGUACGACGUUCAAGGCGGCUACCAGGAGAGCGAGAUCCUGAAACAGAUCGUCACCAGGAACGACCUGGAACCCCUGGCGGAUCUAUGCACGAAGGUGUACGUCUGGCAUACGCGGACAGAGCCACCACAGUUGAACGUCGAACAACUGUUGAUCAAGAAAGGUAAACGCUCGAACGCGGGCAUCGAAGUGUGAUCGAAAAUCAUGCGCUUCGCGAUCGUUACAAGAAGAGCUCGGUGGCCCGUCGUAGUGAGAACAAAAGUAAAGAAAACAAUUUUUGUGUACGCUUUUUAUCAUUUAUACUUGGGCCAUUUACUCCCCUCAUUGUGGUAAGGUGCAGUGCCAUAACUUUACAGCGCACAUACGAUAAGACUACAGAUACGACGUUGAUUAAUUCUAAGUCGUUUAUCUCUGAAUCAAGCUCACGAGUGAAACGUUUCUUCUUUUCUUUUUUUUUUAUUCUUCUUUUACUUUCCGAGUGUCUGUUUGUACAAAAUCCUUGUACGAUGAAUUGUAUUUUUUUCAUACUGUACCAAGAAUAAAUAUGUUAGCGUAAACGAAUAUGUGAAUCAUUUGACCUUGAAAAUGUUCUUUAUCCUUUAUUAGUCGAGUACGUAUCCUUGACGCGUACAGAAAAAAGCAUACAUAAAAAAUAUGCCUUACACCUACGAACUUUUAAUAAUAUUCGUAAUAUUUUUAUUUUUCUUUUGUUUUCCUUUUUUGUUGUUUAAGUUGGAAGAAUGCGCAGUAAUACUUUUCAUGGGAAGCUGCUUGGGUUACGGAUUUUGGCAACGAAUAUAAAAUAGCUAGAUAAACGCGACCCCUCCUCCGCGAAGAAGAGGCCUCGAAAUACUGCGUGUGACGAUCACGAAGACGAACAACUCGCCGUUUAAGUUUCAUUUCUCGUCGAUAGAUAUAUUUUUUCCUCGUGUAUAAUAUGUACUCGUUCACUUACAUGCUAAUAAGUACUAUAUAUUUGGCAAAACUCUGUAUUUACGGGUACGUAAAAAAGCUACCAAGCGCGGAAAGUGUGUUCGCAAGCGGGGAGAAGUGGCGGAUGUUUUUUUCUUUCUUUUAUUUUCACUCUAGUUUUAUUUUUAUAUACGUAGGUACAAUUGUCAUCCCCUUUCAAUAAAUAUACACGCGAUCGAUUAUCAUUUCGGGCUUAACUUUCGUUCGUUAGUCUUAGUUUUCGUAUUCUUUGCGAACGCACCUUCCGAACUUGCAUGACAACAUCCUAACCUUACCGGACCCUCCUAACCUUAUAUCCAAUACUCCUUAACGAUUAGGAAAAACGUUUACAAGCAUUUACAAAAACUUAUCACAUUUUAACUGCGUUUUCUCGAAAAGCCAUCUUACACAUUAGGACAGAAUUGGUAUUAUAUAUAUAUAUAUAUGGCAGCUUUCGAUUGUUCUCUUUUGUGUUCUUACGUAUUCUGGAACGGUGAUUCGAACGUCUGCCCGGUUCGACUCCGCGCAAACUUUUCUCUAAAGCGUUAAGAAUUCGUGUUUACCGACUAUCGAAAGUGUCGCUGCUUUUUGAUUACACUAUACAUACAUAUUCAGGGAGACUUUUAAUGUAAAGAGAUACGUUCGAGUAGAUUGUCGCCACAGUCGGUGUAUCGGAUUACCUUAUUUCUCGGAACUCCCUUCUAAUUUCCGUAUCUUACAGUCCUUAGGUAUACUGUUUCGGAAUGGCAAAUCGGUAAUCCAAUCGCGACGACACGCUAUUUUAUAAACCAGAGUUUUAUUGCGACAGCUGCCCAAUUCUUCCUUACUUACAAUAGUAACUAACACAGGAUACAUAAAGUACUAUCAAUAAUAAUUAAAAAAGAAACGUAAAAACGAAAGGGGAGACGGUUGGGCUGCUCUUGCACACGAUGGUAAUCUUUACAUUGUAAAAUUGUACACGGUAAACUAUCACCAUAAAUUAUCACGGAUAAAAAAAACAAUAUUUCGCGCGUCCAGGAUCCACUUCGAAGUAUAA